AUGACGCUAAGUGAUAAAUUCUUUAAACGUUGCGAAAAUUGCAAAAAAGCUCAUGUAGGUCAUAAGCAUAAAGAUGCUCAUCAGUGUAACUUUUGUGAUCAAGUAAGAUUAAGUGGUUAUGAAGUUAUUAAAAAGAAUGUUCGUA